AUGAAGCGCGACGCAUACGGUGAUGAUGGACCAGCGCAGAAGCGCCAGCGUCAGACUGAUGACGAAAUCACCUUCCUCAUACCGAGCAAAGUGGCAGGCUCGAUUAUUGGCAAAGGUGGUGCCAAUAUAUCCAAGUUAAGAAAUCAGUACAAAGCCUCUAUAACAGUCCCAGAUUGCCCUGGCCCCGAACGGGUACUUUCAAUAACGGCGCCGGACGUCGACACGAUUCUCGAAAUCGUUAAAGAAAUAUUGCCGUGUUUGGCUGAUGGAGGACCCAAGAGCAAUAACGAAGAUCUCGACGUACGUCUACUCAUUCACCAGAGCCGCGCUGGAUGCGUCAUCGGUAAAGCCGGAGCCAAAAUUAAAGAAUUACGAGAGAAAACAGGUGCUCGCUUGAAAAUAUUUUCAAAUCCAGCUCCCCAGAGCACAGAGCGUGUGGUGCAGCUCGUGGGCAAAGCCGAGGCUGUGGCAGCCGGCAUCAAAGAAGUCCUGGACCUCAUCAGACCGGUGCCUAUAAAAGGUGGAAUACAAAACUACGAUCCGCACAAUUACGAUGACUUCUAUGCGGAUGAGUAUGGUGGUUUCGGUAGUGGACAAGGAAGUGGAGGCCCGCGAGGAUCCGGACCCCGAGGCCCCCCCCGCGGACCCCCUCGCGGUAUGCCCGCCAUGGGCGGUGGCCCCUCCGGGCGCGGCCCUGGACCUCGUGGCCCUGGCGGAAUGGGUGGCCGCAGUGGAUUAGGACCACGUAACGCUUUCAAUGACUUCGGUGGCCCCGGGCCUAGAGCUAACUUCUCAGGCCCGCCCCGAGCCAACUUCGGUGGGGGCGGUGGCAACUUUGGUGGCGGCAACUUCGGGGGCAACCGUGGGGGCAGUGGCGGUAGCGGCGGCGGUGGCAACUUCGGUAACAAUGGCGGUGGCGGAAACCAGUCAGAAACCACUACACAGGUCACCAUACCCAAAGACUUGGCUGGUGCGAUAAUUGGCAAGGCGGGUUCGCGCAUACGCAAGAUCCGCGCAGAGAGCGGAGCAGGCAUAGAGAUCGCGGAGCCCCUGCCCGGCUCCACGGACCGCAUCAUCACCAUCACGGGAACUCCACAGCGCAUACAAAUGGCUCAGUACUUACUGCAACAGAGUGUGCACGAGAGCAACCCGAAUCUCGGUCGUGGAAACUUUUGA